CUUCCAUUUUCUCAAUCAAAUCAGGAUGAUUGUUUUGUUCUUCUUCAUGUCAAAGAUUCAUGCGCAGAAUUUACAGUCCGGAGUCUGAUUCGGAAGCAAAUGCUAUCAAUUCCUGUUCAUCUUCAUCUUCUUCAUGGAUAAUCAGACAAAGAAUCUUCCUUUCAGCUUGCUUUUCUUCUCUCUCAUCUUUUCCUCUUUUCUUCACCCUGCUUUCUGUAGAGGCGGCGUCGAAAGCUAUGCUCUUCCAGGUUACGAAAAUGAUACUUAUGGUGGUCAUGGAAGGAGUUUGAUUGUCAAAGACCAGGCUCAGAGAAGUGCUGAUGUAGCUAAAGGGUACAUGACUAAUACUGAACUUGGGGAUGCUAUUAAGGCGUUUGGGCAAAGAUGCAGCAACAUUUCUAGGAUAUACAGUAUUGGGAAGAGUGUGAAUGGGGUUCCACUGUGGGUUAUAGAAAUUUCUAACAAGGCUGGAGAGGAAGAGGCUAAACCAGCAUUUAAGUACAUAGGUAAUGUGCAUGGAGAUGAACCUGUGGGUCGUGAGCUGCUAAUGUUACUUGCAAAUUGGAUAUGCAAUAACUAUAUGAAGGAUCCCUUGGCUACUUUAAUUGUAGAAAAUGUUCAUCUUCAUAUACUUCCAUCGAUGAAUCCUGAUGGGUUUGCACUAAGGCAGCGUGGGAAUGCAAAAAAUAUUGAUUUAAAUCGGGACUUUCCAGACCAGUUUUUUCCUUGGAAUGAUGAUUUAAAUUCACGACAACCUGAAACAAAAGCGAUAAUGAAGUGGUUGAAAGAGAUACAUUUUACAGCAUCUGCCAGCUUGCAUGGGGGUGCACUUGUUGCAAAUUAUCCAUGGGAUGGCACUCAAGAUAAAAGGAGAAACUACUAUGCUUGUCCUGAUGAUGAAACAUUUCGGUUCUUGGCAAGUGCAUAUAGUCGCUCUCAUCAUAAUAUGUCCUUGAGUAAAGAAUUUCAAGAAGGAAUCACAAAUGGAGCAUACUGGUACCCCAUAUAUGGUGGCAUGCAAGAUUGGAACUACAUACAUGGUGGUUGUUUUGAAUUGACUCUUGAGAUUAGUGAUAACAAAUGGCCUCCUGCUUAUGAGCUUCCUACCCUUUGGGAAUACAACAGAAUGAGCAUGCUUAAUCUUGUUCUGACCCUUGUGCAGACAGGAGUACAUGGAAGGAUAUUUUCAUCAGAUACUGGGAGGCCAUUGCCCGGCGCUAUUACUAUUGAGGGAAUAAAUUACACGCUGAAAACAAGCCAAGGAUUUGCAGAUUACCAUCGAUUGCUUCCCCUUGGAGGGAGAUACAAAGUCGUGGCAACCGCCCCUGGGUACAGGUCAAAGACCACAGCCAUCUGGUUGGCAGAAGCAGCCACAACAGUUGAUUUUGUUCUUGAUCCUGAAGUUACUCCCGAAGGGAACCCACUACGAAGUGCCUGUGUAUGUGACUGCGGCAGUUUAAGCACAGAAGGAUUCGUGGACUUUGUUCGUGGGGCUCACUUCGAAUUAUCUUUAAUUUUGAUUGUUAGUUUAAUUUUCCUUUGCUUUUUACUUCAGAGGAGAAUAAGAUCCAACCUUUCAAAACAGAGACAGUUUGUAGGGUCAAAAAGGCCAGUUGCUGUUUGAAUCUUAUUUGUCAGUUUAUAGGAAAGUUAAAUUUGUAUAUUUAUUUUGAGAGAAUAAUCCAUUUGUCCAUUUUCUUUGUUUCCGGAAUACUGAGAUUUGAAUCCAUGUUUGUUAUGCUUUUCCUUUC